AUGGCGGCCAAGAAGGUCAAGUGCAGGACCCUGAGCACACAAACCUUGCCGCCCUCAGGCACAGAGUCCUCAGGCUGCGGUUCCGUCGGCCUGCACACUUCCAGGACGGUCACCGCCUCCAGGGUACAAGGGUGGGCAGGAGACGGACGGGGUUGGGGUGGGGGGCAUUCCUCGAGGGCCGGGCAGGAGGGAGAAAAGGUCCCGGUCCCAAGCACGCAGAAACCCCGCUGCCCCGCCCAGGCCAGCCGGCUCCCUGACCGUGGAGGCACGGUCUUCUGGAGUCUGUCGGUGCUGUGGGCCCCGCUGCUCCUGGAAGCGGAUGAGCGCCCGUGGGCGGUCCCCCGACGAGGCCGCGCCCCCAGCACACACCCUGCUGAAUACCCCUCCUCCCCCGCCAGGAGAGGCCGCGGCCCGUUUCCCGCCUCAGCUCCCACAACACUGAAUCCCACCACCGCUGAGGAUGAGCCCUCCUUCCCCGAGAGGAGCCGCCUGCGCCAGGUGCUGGCCAGCUCCGUGGUGGUCCUGACAAUGGUGGCCGUGGCUCUGUGCCUGGUGCCCAUCACUGUGGACCGGGCCAUCACGUCCAUCCUGGUGUCCGGGUCGGACAACAGCAUCCUCGCAGCCCGGGCUUCGUGCAUCGCCAGCCUCACGGGGUCCGUGGUGCACCUCGUCUUCAUCCUCAUGCUCUCCAAGAUCUACGUGGCCCGGGCACACGUCCUGACGAGAUGGGGUGAGCCACAAACACAUCCGCCCCCGAGCUGCACGAAUUGCAGCCCUGGCCCCGGGACAAGACAGAGCCCGGCGCACCCCGGGGAGAUGGAGGCGGAGUGCCGGGGGGACGGCGUGCGGGAGGCCAGGGACAGCGCCCUGGGGAACCGCCCACAGUGUCCCUGCAACGGCGGGGCCUGGGAGUGUCCUCCAGCCGGCCUCGUGAGGCCCGCCUCCGUCUCAGUGCCUCCUUACCAGGCACCUCCGGCGCCCAGCGCCCCAGACCCGUGGAGCCACAUCGUAGUAAUUCUUACCGGCACUUGCCCGGCUCCUCCUCUACCCGCGGAGCGCUUCCAGAAGGUCCUGAAGGGCGCCCAGGUCGAAUCCGAGGGCGCUUUCACCCGCAGGGUGUCCAUCUUCCAGUUGGUCAGCUUCUGCUCGCCGCUUUACACCGCUUUCUUCAAGAGCAGGUUCGGCAGCUACCCCGGCAACUGCUACACCUUGCUCGGGGUCCCCAACGAGGAGUGUGAAGCUGGGGGCUGCCUCGCCGAGCUGGCCCAGGAGCUCCUGGUCAUCAUGGUGGGCAAGCAGGGCAUCAACACCGUGCUGGAGAUUCCUGUCCCUACACUCCCCAGGGAAGCCAAAGGCUGCUGGCAAUGGUUCCAGCUCUGCUCCCGGAAGAGGAAGGCAGGGGUUUCCCUGGAGGCCGGCCAGGGGCCCUGGGAGGUGGACUACCAGCUUUUGCCAUUCCAGGGCCUGUUUGACAGGUACCUCAAGAUAGUCGUGCAGUUUGGCUUCGUUGCCACCUUCGGGGCCGCCUGCCCGCUUGCGCUGCUCUUCGCGCUGCUUAGCGAUUGGGUGGAGAUCCACCUGGACGCGCGCCUGUUCAUCCGCCCGGUGGCCGAGUGCGCGCUGGGCAUGGGCAUCUGGUUCCGCACAGGAGGCAUCCCGCGCCUGGCGGGCAUCAGCCGGGCGUUCCUGCUGGCCUUCUCAGCCUACUUCCUGCCGCGCGCCCACUACCAGUGGAGCCAGGCCAGCGACCUGCGGCCGCUUCGCCGGCUUCACGCUGGCGCCACCCCGCCCGCCUUCAGCGCUGUGAGCAGCCGCCCGUGCAGGUACCAGGCCUCCUGGGAGGAUGAUGGACAUCAUUCCCGGACCUACUGGACUCGGGCCAUCUGUUCGGCCUUCGUCACGGUGUUCGAACACGUGGUGUUCUGCAGGUGGCUCCUCGACCUCGUGGAAACUGACAUCCCUGAAUCUGUGGCGAAGGUGAAGCGAAAGUACUACCAAGCCAAGGGGACGCUGGCUGAGAACUAG